AUGGUUCUAGUUACGGCCGUGCGAGAAUACAUCAAUCGCAUGUUACAAGACAUUUCUGGAAUGAAAGUCCUCAUCCUCGAUUCACAUACGGUUAGUAUUGUGAGUGUAGUCUAUUCGCAAUCGGAGCUACUUCAAAAAGAAGUGUUUUUAGUGGAAUUAGUCGAUUCCAUUUCCAUGUCAAAAGAACCCAUGUCACACCUUAAAGCCAUUUAUUUUCUGCGGCCAAUUUCUGAGAAUAUUCAACUCGUGAGACGUCAACUCGCUACACCUCGGUUCGGAGAGUAUCACCUUUUUUUCUCAAAUAUGUUGAAAGACACCCAGCUUCACAAUUUAGCAGAUUCAGAUGAACAUGAAGUUGUCCAGCAAGUGCAGGAAUUCUAUGCUGACUUUGUUGCUUUUGAUCCUUACCACUUCUCUUUAAACAUGGCAUCAAAUCACAUGUAUAUGCUCCCAGCAGUGGUAGAUCCGUCAGGUUUGCAACACUUCUGUGAGAGAGUGGUUGAUGGAAUUGCUGCCAUCUUCCUGGCUUUGAAACGAAGGCCUGUAAUUCGGUAUUCUCGAGCAUCUGAUAUUGCAAAAAGGAUCUCACAGGAAGCAGCGAAGCUGAUGUACCAGCAGGAAAGUGGUCUUUUUGAUUUUAGACGAGCAGAAGUUUCCCCCUUAUUGUUAAUUGUUGAUAGACGAGAUGAUCCUGUUACCCCACUGCUUAAUCAGUGGACUUAUCAGGCGAUGCUUCAUGAGUUGAUAGGCAUUCAAGACAAUAAAGUAGACUUGAGAAACAUUGGAAAGUUGUCAAAGGAUCAACAGGAGGUUGUACUUUCUUCCGAGCAAGAUGCCUUUUUCAAAGCCAAUAUGUAUGAAAACUUCGGAGAUAUUGGGAUGAAUAUUAAAAAAAUGGUAGAUGAUUUCCAACAAGUGGCAAAAAGUAAUCAGAAUAUUCAGACAAUAGAGGAUAUGGCAAAGUUUGUUGACAACUACCCAGAAUACAGAAAAAUGCAUGGUAAUGUUUCCAAGCAUGUGACCCUGGUCACUGAAAUGAGCAAGAUUGUUGAAGAACGGAAACUUAUGUUAGUUUCACAAACUGAACAAGAAUUAGCUUGCAAUGGUGGGCAAGGAGCUGCAUUUGAGGCUGUUACAAAUCUUUUAAAUAAUGAAAGUGUGUCCGAUGUUGACCGUUUACGCCUGGUCAUGCUGUAUGCCUUGCGCUAUGAAAAGGAUAGUCCUGUUCAAUUGAUGCAGUUAUUCAAUAAAUUGGCCUCCCGAUCUCCCAAGUAUAAGCCUGGGCUUGUACAAUUCCUAUUAAAGCAAGCUGGGGUUGAUAAGCGAACCGGGGACCUUUAUGGAAACCGUGAUUUCCUGAACAUUGCUCGCAAUAUGGCUCGUGGCCUCAAGGGCGUUGAAAAUGUGUACACCCAGCAUCAGCCUCUUGUAUUCCAAACUAUGGAGAGCAUUGUCAAGGGGCGUUUGAGAGAUGUGGACUAUCCUUAUGUUGGAAAUCAUUUUCAGCAACCAAGGCCUCAGGAGGUGGUGAUUUUCAUUAUUGGUGGGACGACUUAUGAAGAGGCACGUUCUGUUGCUCUGCAAAAUUCUACAAAUUCUGGAAUUCGUUUCAUACUUGGUGGUUCUGCAGUUCUCAAUUCCAAGAGGUUUUUGAAGGACCUUGAAGAAGCUCAGCGAAUUGCUCGAACAAGUGCCAGUGUUGUUUGA